AUGGCCGCACCCCUUCUUGCACCCCCAGGACCUGACAGCUUCAAGAAAUUCACCCCAGAGACGCUCGCUAACAUCGAGAAGCGCAUCAAAGAAGAGAAGAACAAGAAGCCACCCAAGCCCAGAUCGGACAGUAGUCACCGCGACACAUCUGACGACAAUGAACCCAAGCCCAACAGUGACCUGGAGGCUGGGAAGAGCCUGCCCUUCAUCUACGGCGAUAUUCCUGAUGGACUGGCGGCCACGCCGCUGGAGGAUUUGGACCCAUUCUAUUUGAACAAGAAAACAUUUAUAGUCCUAAACAAAGGGAAAACAAUCUUCCGCUUCAGUGCCACGCCCUCCUUGUACAUCUUAAGCCCUUUUAAUCUACUUAGGCGUAUAGCUAUUAAGAUUUUGAUACAUUCGUUAUUCAGCAUGAUCAUCAUGUGUACGAUUUUGACCAACUGUAUAUUCAUGACAUUUAGUGACCCCCCAGAGUGGUCCAAACAAGUAGAGUAUACCUUCACAGGUAUCUAUACGUUUGAGUCACUCACAAAAAUUGUUGCCCGAGGCUUCUGUAUAGAUGGGUUCACCUUUCUCAGAGACCCAUGGAACUGGCUCGAUUUCAUGGUCAUCUCAAUGGCAUAUAUAACAGAGUUUGUGGACCUUGGGAAUGUCUCGGCGCUGAGAACGUUCAGGGUUCUCCGAGCAUUGAAAACUAUUUCUGUCAUUCCAGGCCUGAAGACCAUUGUGGGUGCUCUGAUCCAGUCUGUGAAGAAGCUGUCGGAUGUGAUGAUCCUCACCGUCUUCUGUCUCAGCGUCUUUGCUCUGAUUGGACUGCAGCUCUUCAUGGGGAACCUGCGGAAUAAGUGUGUAUUCUGGCCAAUCAACAUGACCGAUCAGUACCUGCCAAAUGGCAGCAGGGGCUUUGACUGGGCCACAUACAUCAUGAAUGACACUAAUUUCUACUUCCUCCCUGAUCAGCUUGAUGCUCUACUAUGUGGAAAUAGUUCUGACUCAGGACGAUGUCCAGAGGGCUAUACAUGCAUGAAAGCCGGAAGGAACCCCAACUACGGUUACACCAGCUUCGAUAGCUUUGGAUGGGCUUUCCUCACCCUCUUUCGCCUCAUGACCCAAGACUUCUGGGAAAAUCUCUACAUGCUGACUCUUCGAGCCGCAGGGAAGACCUACAUGAUCUUCUUUGUGCUUGUCAUCUUCGUGGGCUCCUUCUACCUGGUGAAUCUCAUCUUGGCUGUGGUGGCCAUGGCUUAUGAGGAGCAGAACCAGGCCACUAUUGAGGAGGCAGAGCAGAAAGAGGCUGAAUUUAAGGCCAUGUUGGAGCAGCUGAAGAAGCAACAGGAGGAGACGCAGGCUGCUGCCAUGGCGACGUCUGCAGGCACAGUGUCUGAGGCUGCGUUAGAGGAUGAAGGAGGGGGGCACUUGUCCCGCAGUUCCUCUGAGGUCUCCAAGCUGAGCUCCAAGAGCGCCAAGGAGCGUCGCAAUCGCAAGAAGAAAUGGCGUCAGAAAGAGCAGGAGAAAGAGAAGGGAGACAGCGAAAAGGUUGUCAAGUCUGAGUCAGACGAUGGCAGCAAGAAAAGCACCAUUCGUUUCCCCGGAAGCCGCCUGGGGAGGAAGACAUCCAUCAUGAACCAGUCACUACUCAGCAUCCCAGGCUCACCCUUCAUGUCGCGCCACAACAGCCGCAGCAGCAUCUUCAGCUUCAAAGGCCGUUCCAAGGACAUGGGCUCAGAGAACGAGUUUGCAGACGAUGAGCACAGUACAGUAGAGGAGAGCGAAGACCGUCGGGGCUCCCUGUUUAUCCCUUACCGCCGCAACAGCUACAGUGGCUACAGCCAAGGCUCAUCACGCAUCCACCCACUGGCACCCCACUCUGGAGGGAAGAGGAACAGCACAGUGGACUGCAAUGGCGUGGUGUCUCUCAUCGGCCCUGGGCCCGGCAGACGGCUUCUGCCUGAGACUACAGACGUGGAGAUUAAGAAGAAGCACUCUGGCUCUCUUAUGGUAUCUGUGGAUCAGCUCAACUCCUCCUUCAAAGGAAAGGACCGCGCCAACAGUCAGAUGAGCGUAGUCACCAACACACUGAUAGAGGAGUUGGAGGAGUCUCAGAGGAAGUGUCCUCCAUGUUGGUACAAGUUUGCUAACGUCGUCCUCAUCUGGGAGUGCUGUCCCAUCUGGCUGAAGAUCAAGCACAUAGUCUACUUGAUUGUCAUGGACCCGUUUGUUGACCUGGCCAUUACCAUCUGUAUUGUCCUCAACACCCUCUUCAUGGCCAUGGAGCACUACCCCAUGACUGAAAGUUUUGAGGAAGUUCUUUCUGUUGGCAACCUGGUUUUCACAGGCAUCUUUGCCGGGGAGAUGUUUGCCAAGCUGAUUGCCAUGGAUCCCUACUACUACUUCCAGGAAGGCUGGAACUGCUUUGAUGGCUUCAUCGUGACUCUGAGUUUAGUUGAGCUGGGACUGGCUGAUGUGGAAGGUCUGUCAGUGCUCAGGUCUUUCCGAUUGUUAAGAGUGUUCAAACUGGCCAAAUCGUGGCCCACCCUCAACAUGCUGAUCAAGAUCAUUGGCAACUCAGUGGGAGCUCUGGGUAAUCUGACCCUGGUGCUGGCCAUCAUUGUCUUCAUCUUUGCUGUGGUGGGCAUGCAGCUGUUUGGCAAAAGCUACAAGGACUGUGUGUGUAAGAUCGCGCGGGACUGCGAGCUACCCCGCUGGCACAUGAAUGACUUCUUCCACUCCUUCCUGAUCGUGUUCCGAGUGUUGUGUGGGGAGUGGAUUGAGACCAUGUGGGACUGUAUGGAAGUGGCGGGACAGUCCAUGUGUCUCAUCGUCUUCAUGAUGGUCAUGGUCAUCGGAAACCUGGUGGUGCUGAACUUGUUUCUGGCCUUGCUGCUGAGCUCAUUCAGUGCAGACAACCUCGCUGCCACAGAUGACGAUGGGGAGCCCAACAAUCUCCAGCUUGCGGUUGCCCGCAUUAAGACAGGGAUUGCCUGGUUCAAGGUCAACAUGCGGGUCUUUGUGGCCACAGUGCUUAAAAAGCCUAUAGAAGAUGAACAGAAGCCUUUGGAUGAAAUGUAUGAGAAGAAGCUCAACUGCAUUGCAAACCACACAGUGGACAUCAACCGUGAACUGGACUAUGCUAAAAAUGGCAAUGGCACCACCAGCGGCAUUGGGAGCAGUGUGGGAAAGUAUAUGAUUGAUGAGGACUACAUGUCCUUCAUCCACAACCCCAACCUCACUGUCUGUGUUCCUAUUGCUGUCGGCGAGUCGGACUUUGAAAACCUUAAUACGGAAGAUUUCAGCAGUGAAUCGGAUGUGGAGAACAGCAAAGAUCUGGAUGACACCAGUUCAUCUGAGGGCAGCACAAUAGACAUCAAGCCUGAUGUGGAGGAGGUGGCAGUGGUGGAGGUAGUGGAGGAGUACCUUGACCCAGAACCCUGCUGGACAGAUGAAUGUGUGGCCAAAUACAAGUGCUGUGAUGUUCCCAUCACCUUCGGCUGGGGCAAACACUGGUGGUUCCUGAGGAAGACCUGCUACCUGAUUGUAGAACACAAUUGGUUUGAAACCCUCAUCAUCUUCAUGAUCCUGCUCAGCAGUGGAGCCCUGGCCUUUGAGGAUGUGUACAUUGAGCAGAGGAAGACAGUCCGCAUCAUUCUGGAGUACGCUGAUCGGGUUUUCACCUACAUCUUCAUUCUGGAGAUGUUGCUGAAAUGGGUGGCCUACGGCUUUGUCAAGUACUUCACUAAUGCCUGGUGUUGGUUGGACUUCUUCAUUGUGGAUGUGUCUAUAGUCAGCCUUAUAGCAAAUGCGUUGGGCUUCUCCGAUCUAGGCCCGAUUAAAUCACUCAGGACACUGAGGGCCUUGAGACCCCUCAGGGCCCUGUCACGUUUUGAAGGGAUGAGGGUUGUGGUGAACGCCUUGGUGGGUGCAAUUCCCUCCAUCAUGAAUGUGCUGCUGGUGUGUCUCAUCUUCUGGCUCAUCUUCAGCAUCAUGGGGGUCAACCUGUUUGCUGGAAAGUAUUACUACUGUUACAACAGUACGGCCGAGGAGAACUUCCUCCCCGAUAAGGUCAACAACAAAACGGAGUGUUUUGCACUCAUUAAUGCAAACUACACUGAAGUCAGAUGGAAAAACGUCAAGAUCAAUUUUGACAAUGUGGGUGCUGGGUACCUGGCGCUCCUGCAAGUGGCAACAUUCAAAGGCUGGAUGGACAUUAUGUACGCAGCAAUAGAUUCUAGAAAGGUGGAGGACCAGCCUGUGUACGAGGACAACUUGUACAUGUACAUCUACUUUGUCAUAUUCAUCAUCUUCGGCUCCUUCUUCACCCUAAAUCUCUUCAUUGGUGUCAUCAUUGAUAACUUCAAUCAACAAAAGAAAAAGUUUGGAGGUCAGGAUAUCUUCAUGACGGAAGAGCAGAAAAAAUACUACAAUGCCAUGAAGAAACUAGGGUCAAAGAAACCACAAAAACCAAUACCCAGGCCUCAGAACAACAUCCAAGGCAUGGUGUUUGACUUUGUGACGCAGCAGGUGUUCGACAUUUCCAUCAUGAUCCUCAUCUGCCUCAACAUGGUCACCAUGAUGGUGGAGACAGAUGAUCAGUCAGAGGAUACGGAGGUUGUGCUUUACUGGGUCAAUUUCAUCUUCAUUGUGAUCUUCACUGGCGAGUUUUUACUGAAGCUCUUUGCACUGCGUCACUACUACUUCACCAACGGCUGGAACAUCUUCGAUGUGGUUGUGGUCAUCCUUUCAAUUGUGGGAAUGUUUCUGGCUGACCUGAUUGAGAAGUACUUUGUGUCACCGACACUCUUCAGGGUGAUUCGUCUGGCUCGUAUUGGCAGAAUCCUGCGUCUCAUCAAGGGCGCCAAAGGAAUCAGAACUCUGCUGUUUGCCCUCAUGAUGUCUCUUCCUGCCUUGUUCAACAUCGGCUUGCUACUUUUCCUGGUUAUGUUCAUUUUCUCCAUCUUUGGCAUGUCCAACUUUGGUUAUGUGAAACAUGGGGCUGGAAUUGAUGACAUGUACAACUUUGAGACCUUCGGCAACAGCAUGAUCAUCCUGUUUAUGAUCACCACGUCAGCUGGCUGGGACGGCCUGCUCCUGCCCAUCCUGAACUAUCCUCCAGACUGUGACCCCCUGUUGGAGAAUGCUGGCACCCCCGCUACAGGAGACUGUGGCAACCCCUCUGUGGGCAUCUUCUUCUUUGUUAUGUACAUCAUCAUUUCUUUCCUAAUUGUGGUCAACAUGUACAUCGCCAUCAUCCUGGAGAACUUCAGUGUGGCCACAGAGGAGAGCGCCGACCCACUCAGUGAGGAUGACUUUGAGACCUUUUAUGAGAUUUGGGAGAAGUUUGACCCUGAUGCCUCCCAGUUCAUCACUUAUGCCAAGCUUUCUGACUUUGCUGAUGCACUUGAACACCCACUCCGAGUUCCCAAGCCCAACACCAUUGAACUGAUCGCCAUGGACAUGCCUAUGGUGAGUGGCGACCGCAUCCACUGCCUGGACAUCCUGUUUGCCUUCACCAAGCGUGUGCUGGGUGACAGUGGCGAGCUGGACAUGUUGAGGCAACAAAUGGAGGAGCGUUUUGUGGCGGCCAAUCCCUCCAAGGUCUCUUACGAGCCAAUCACCACCACUCUGAGGCGCAAGCAGGAGGAUGUGUCAGCCAGAAUCAUUCAGAGGGCCUACCGCUCCUACCUGGCUAGGCGGGGCUUUGUCUGUAAGCGCAAACCAGCCAAUAACAAAGUGGAGAAUGGCGGGAACAAUCAGGAACAAGAAAAAAAGGAGAGCACUCCCUCAACUGCCUCCCUGCCCUCUUAUGACAGUGUAACCAAACCUGACAAGGAGAAACAGGAUGACAACAAUGAGGGCAAGGGAGGGAGGAAAGAGAAAGGAAGAAACCAAAAAGACAUCAGGGAAUCUAAAUGUUAG